CAGUCACAAAUUGACUCCAGAUGAACUUUGCACCGGCAUGUUAUCAGUCAACCCGCGGCGCAUGCGUUACAGUAUCUGGCAAAAGAAAAGUCCACAACAGCCCCAAGAGUCAAUAACCUCCCACAGACGGUCUGGCGAUAUCAACUCAGGGUCUCACCCGUCCGUGCAUCAGAUCGGACCUUUUCCUCACAGUUUUCAUUCAAGUUCAGUGAACAUGAAGAUCUCCGUCAUUUUGGCGGCCGUGGCCUUGGCCACACUGUGCGACGCCAGCAGCUUUCCCCGUGUGUUGAGCAGCCCAAGCUCGCAAGAGGGCGCGUUUGAACAAGGCCCGGAAGACAACAUCACCGAACCCGAAGACAUUGCUGAUUCCGAAGAACGCGCUUUCGUGGAAGAACUCCGGGAGGAAUUUGCAGAAAUGGAAAGCAUGGAAUCUACGGAGACGGAAUUCUCACUCGACACCAGCCAGGAUACGAGUGCCCCCAGGUCACCCAUGAAACGCGUGCGGACUCAGAAGACGAAGUGCAGCCUGGAGGGGGCGUGGCGUAACAGCCACGGCUCCGAGAUGGUUCUCAACAUGACCGAGGAGGGACACGUCACCGGCGAGUACAGGACUGCCGUGGAGAGCAAGCUGGGCGCUGCCGGUAACGGUCCCAGUCUGGUCCGCGGGGCAGGCGGCCGGUCCGGGGCCUCCACCUUCGGUUUCUCCGUGGUGUGGAGGGGCGGAGCUUCCACCACCACCUGGGCGGGACAGUGUCUGAUCUGUGACGGGCAGGAGAUCCUGGAGACCACCUGGCUGCUGGUGGGGGAGGUGGCGGGCUGCGAGGACAGCUGGAUGUCCACCAGGGUCGGGAAGGACACGUUCUACCGCAUCCCUAAGCACGAGACCCGCAAGUACACUGAGGGCCACCUCGUUCCCAGGGACUAGUGGCCUCGUUCCACAGGUUUAGGCUAGUAGUGUUCUAAACGGCACUCACUAGGCCAAGAAUGCAACUGAUUCAAGAAUCAAUAAACAUGAAGGAAAAUUGA